CAAUUCAAAGCAAUGGAGUUCACAAACCUUGAUGUCACAAAUGAGAAACUCAUACAAAAUGACAUCUCUUCAUCUUCAUCAUCUUCUUCUCAACCCAGAAAAGGUGGUUUCAGAACCAUGCCCUCUAUCAUAGUGAAUGAGUGUUUUGAGAGAGUGGCAAGUUUUGGAAUAACGAUGAAAAACAAAUUGCCUAUAUGAUAUGCCCAAUUUGAGACACCCUCAAACAGUUUUGCACGCAACUCAUUCCUAUCCUAUGUAACCAUAACAACCCUGUCAUCAUCCAUAUCCAAUGUCUUAAAUAGGAUCAUGAUUCUCAAUUCUAGUCUGUCAAAAAAACUAUAAACUGAUUCUCAAAAAUAUAUAUAACCAACACAAUUAAUAAUCAUUUAUUUAAUAUAUCUCUCAUUCUGUAUUAUAGACUUUGAACCAAACAUCUCAAAAUGAGUAUCCAGCAACAAAAUGAUGGCGUCUCAGCUUCCAGAAAACAUCUCGUUUUUGCUUAUUAUGUUACUGGUCAUGGUUUUGGACAUGCAACUCGAGUCACCGAGGUGGUGAGGCAUUUGAUCAAUGCAGGACAUGAUGUGCAUGUGGUUACUGGUGCUCCUGAUUUUGUUUUUACCUCUGAAGUUGACUCUCCUAGAUUAUUCAUUCGCAAGGUUCUUUUGGACUGUGGAGCUGUCCAGGCAGAUGCUUUGACCGUCGAUCGUCUGGCUUCUUUGGAGAAGUAUUCUGAAACAGCGGUAAAUCCUCGAGCUAAAAUCCUGGCAUUAGAAACUGAGUGGCUGAACUCUAUCAAAGCUGACUUAGUGGUCUCCGAUGUUGUUCCGGUUGCAUGUCGUGCCGCAGCAGAUGCUGGUAUUCGAUCUGUCUGUGUGACCAAUUUCAGUUGGGACUUUAUCUACGCAGAGUAUGUCAUGGCUGCUGGACUUCAUCAUCGUUCAAUAGUUUGGCAGAUAGCUGAGGAUUAUUCCCAUUGCGAGUUCCUUAUUCGCCUCCCGGGAUAUUGUCCAAUGCCCGCUUUUCGCGAUGUUAUUGAUGUCCCUUUGGUGGUGAGGAGACUGCACAAAUCUGCAAAAGAGGUGAGGAAGGAGCUUGGUGUGCCCGAUGAUGUGAAGCUAGUUAUUCUCAACUUCGGUGGCCAGCCGUCGGGAUGGAAGUUAAAGGAGGAGUUUUUACCUUCUGGCUGGUUGUGCUUGGUUUGUGGUGCUUCUGAGAAUGCAGAGCUACCACCGAAUUUUAGGAGACUUGCUAAAGAUGCAUAUACGCCCGACAUUAUUGCAGCAAGUGACUGUAUGCUUGGAAAAAUUGGAUAUGGCACCGUUAGUGAAGCCUUGGCGUACAAGUGUCCCUUUGUCUUUGUAAGAAGAGAUUAUUUCAACGAAGAACCGUUUUUGAGAAAUAUGCUUGAGUAUUCUCAAUGUGGUGUCGAAAUGAUCAGGCGGGAUUUAAUUACCGGUCACUGGAGACCUUAUCUUGAACGUGCAAUAAGUUUGAAACCCUGCUAUGAAGCAGGAAUUAAUGGUGGCGAGGUAGCAGCUCACAUCCUUCAGGAGACAGCUUUUGGAAAAAAUUAUGCAUCAGAUAAGCUUAGCGGCGCCAGAAGAUUGCGUGAUGCCAUAGUUCUUGGUUAUCAACUCCAAAGAGCUCCAGGCCGAGAUAUUGCGAUACCUGAAUGGUAUGCUACAGCCGAAGACCAACUUAGCCAGUCAUUACCUAGUUCUCCUCGGGAUGACAGAGGCUUUACAUCCCAUUCAGGCGUUGAAGACUUUGACAUUCUUCAUGGAGAUGUCCAAGAUCUUCCAGAUACCGUGGCGUUCUUACAGAGCCUAUCCAAGUUGGUUGCAAAACACACUAGGAGAGAGCGCAAGGCUGCGGCUAAUCUCUUCAAUUGGGAGGAAGAAAUUUUUGUAACGAGAGCUCCGGGAAGGUUAGAUGUAAUGGGCGGUAUUGCUGAUUAUUCUGGUAGUCUUGUCCUGCAGAUGCCAAUUAGAGAGGCCUGUCAUGUUGCUUUGCAAAGAGUCAAUCCAAGUAAGCAUAGACUUUGGAAACAUGCAGAGGCCAGACAGAAUGACAAAGGCGGGAAUCCAACCGCUGUCUUGCAAAUUGUAUCAUACGGCUCGGAAUUAGGAAAUCGUGGUCCAACGUUUGACAUGGAUAUGUCUGAUUUCAUGGAUGGAGACAAGCCAAUCUCAUAUGAGAAAGCGAGAAAAUACUUUGCUCAAGAUCCAUCGCAAAAGUGGGCAGCAUAUGUUGCUGGGGCAGUUUUGGUCUUAAUGACCGAAUUAGGCGUGAAAUUUGAAGAUAGUAUAAGCAUGCUGGUUUCAUCCGCGGUCCCAGAAGGGAAAGGUGUAUCAUCUUCUGCAUCCAUCGAGGUCGCUAGUAUGGCUGCUAUAGCAGCAGCUCACGGAUUAAAUAUCAGUUCAAGGGAUCUUGCUUUGCUCUGUCAGAAGGUCGAAAAUCACAUUGUCGGAGCUCCAUGCGGUGUCAUGGACCAGAUGGCUUCAGCAUGCGGGGAAGCCAACAAACUUCUUGCUAUGAUUUGCCAGCCUGCAGAAAUUGUCGGCCUCGUGGAAAUUCCAAGUCAUAUCCGUGUUUGGGGAAUUGAUUCUGGAAUAAGACACAGUGUUGGAGGUGCAGAUUAUGGAUCUGUCAGAAUCGGGGCAUUUAUGGGUAUGAAGAUGAUAAAGUCGCAGGCUUCUCAGGUAUUGACCGAAAUGUGUGCCGCAAAUGGGUUGAAUUCCGAUGAAGUUGAACAAGACGACAUAGAGCUACUUAAACAAGAAACCUCCUUAGAUUACUUGUGCAAUUUAAUGCCUCACAGAUUUGAGGCUCUUUACGGCAAGACUAUACCCGAAUCUGUUGCUGGCGAGACAUUUCUAAAGAAAUAUAAAAAUCAUAACGAUCCUGUCACUGUUAUUGAUGAGAAGUGUAAUUACGGAGUGAGAGCUCCCACAAUACAUCCUAUCUAUGAAAAUUUCCGAGUCAAGACCUUCAAAGCGCUUCUGUCAUCCGCAAGUUCAACCGAUCAACUUACAACAUUAGGAGAACUGCUAUAUCAGUGCCACUACAGCUAUAGUGCUUGUGGACUUGGCUCUGAUGGAACAGAUAGGCUUGUACACUUGGUACAAGAAUUGCAGCAUAGUGCAGCGUCUAAAUCCGAAGGCGGGACAUUAUGCGGCGCCAAGAUCACUGGCGGGGGUUCGGGUGGAACAGUUUGUGUAAUCGGUAGAAAUUGUCUCAAGAGCAGCGAACAAAUUUUUGAGAUUCAGCAGAGAUACAAAAAAGCUACUGGUUACUUGCCGUUUAUUUUCGAGGGAUCGUCACCAGGUGCGGGAAAGUUCGGCUACCUGAAGAUUCUUCGGCGGGCUACCCUGAAAAAAGAUGAGAGCUAUGGUGAUUUUAAUGCAGUCUUGACUGAGAAUGAAAGCUGAUCAUGGCUCGUAUUCAUGCAACCUGGAUACACACGCAUAAUGAAUGAUAAGAUUGAAUUGCAAAUCUACAACAAAAAUAAAAUAUGUUUCGCAUUCCCCAGCUAGAUAUUACAUAAAUAUCUCCAAAGUUAUGUUUGGAUCGAUGAAAGAGAAAGAAGCAGAGCACAAUGAAACAUAAUGGAAUAAAGUGGAACAGAACGGAAAUAAAUCAAUGAAGUAUAGAUUCUAUUAUAUAUUAUGUAUUUUCUUGUAUAAAUUGACGGAAUGAAAGAAAGCAACUACCUCAUUCCAUUGUAUAUUUGAAGAAUUGGACGAAAUGAAUUCUAUUAUGUUCUAUUAUGCUUUCAUAUGUUCUAAAAAAUCCUAUAAAAUGUUUUUUUUAUGGACAA